GCAAGCCACAGCCGAGUCGCGACUCCGCCGACAGUCAGUGGCGAGCCGCCUGCCGACGCGCCCGGCCGUGCCCAGCGCCGCGACGACACCCUCGAAAUCAAAUACGAUAGUGAUAUUGUGAUCGAGUGCCAUGAAUCCUAAAUGAUGAAACGUAUAGUAUCACCAACAUUCCACGGCACAUAAGCAACAUGAUCCUCAAAAUGGGAGGGAAGUCGCCCCCGAGCGCCAAAACUGAAAAGAAAGACGAGAAGAAAUGGGAGAAAUUUGAGGAGAGAUGUCCAGGAGAUCCGUGGGCGUACUGUGCUGUGUUAUGGUGUGCCUGCGCCAUGAGCCUCAUCUCCAGCGGGUUCAGCCUGUACCGGCAGCAAGGUCUGCAGGAGAGGCUGUCGCUGUUGGAGGAGCAGCAUCUGGCGCUGAGGAGUGCUGUGCUGGAGCCACAGCAGCCGCUAGUGGAGAGGCUGCGGAGAGAGGUGCUAUCCAGACCGCCAUCGUACUGGCGGCCACGGAGGAGCAUCAGAGAUUACGGAGACUGCGUUUGUCCACCAGGGCCUCCCGGACCGCCCGGCAAGAGAGGCAAGAAGGGGAAGAAGGGCGACCCUGGCGAGCCUGGACCACCGGGCUUAACGGGCGCUCCUGGCAAGAAUGGAUUCCCGGGGCCGAUCGGGUUAGACGGACCUAAAGGCGACCCGGGCCGGCCGGGGGACAAGGGCCAGAAGGGCGAGCACGGCAGCCCCGGCUUCGACGUAUUCUCCGCAGUGAAGGGCGUCAAACGAUCAGUGGACAACUUUAAGAUUAGUCCGUACACGAGCGCCGAGAUCAUAGCCGUCAAGGGCGAGCCAGGGGAACCAGGACCCCCGGGUCCGCCCGGCCCGCCAGGCGGCGAAGGAGUACCGGGUCGCGACGGACGCGUCGGGCCACCAGGGCCGGGGGGAGCGCCCGGGCCAGCCGGCGCGCCAGGACCCGCCGGCCCUCUCGGCCCGCCUGGACCGGUCGGAUCCAUCGGACACAAGGGUGACAAAGGCGACAAAGGAGAGCGAGGUUACACGACAACAUUAAAAGGCGAUGCGUUUCCCACCGGCAUCAUCGAGGGUCCCCCGGGCCCGCCAGGACCUCCCGGUAAAGCCUCCCGCGCGCGCUUACUGUACCAUACCCCCACGCUUCCGUCGGAGAGGCCGGCGCGACCGGCGUGUCCGAUGCGGGCAGCGGGCGCGCGCGGCGAGCGCGGCGAGACAGGCGCGGCGGGGCCGCCCGGCCCGGCCGGCGACCGCGGCGCUCGCGGCAAGCGCGGCAAGCGGGUAACUACAAACAUAACCACCAUACCACCACUACCAUCGCACGCUGCUCUGUGCUGCGCCGUGCGCGAGCUUGCUUCAUUCACUCCAAUCGCUCCGGGCAUGUGCUGCCGGCACUCGGACAACUCGCCUCACGGCUGCCGGCGAGGAGGGUGCGGAGUGUUAGUAACGGCGCGUGGUGUUGCAGGUCGCGCCGGCGAGGCGGGGCCGCGCGGCCCUCCCGGACUCGCCGGCCCGAUGGGGCCCGCCGGCGUGCCCGGCCCGCCUGGCAAGCCGGGCGAACCGGGGCCGAAAGGCGUAAAAGGAGAAUACGGCGACAUGGGCUCACCUGGCAUGCUGGGCGCGCCGGGGCUCCCGGGACCGCCCGGGUAUCCCGGCCUCAAAGGCGACAAAGGCGAUAAAGGCGACUCGAAGUACAGGAAGCUGAGAAGGAGGCAGAACUUGCAGGGAGACGGCACCGGCUACGAGCUCUACGGACAUGAAAUAAUGAUGGGCCCGCCGGGUGCUCCGGGGCCCGCGGGGCCGCCGGGAGUGGCCGGCCCGCCCGGAAUCAAGGGCGACAAGGGCGAGCCCGGCACGCGCGGCAAGGCGGGCGAGAGAGGCGAGAAGGGCGACGCGGGUCCCAUGGGUUUGCCGGGUCCGGUGGGGCUGCCGGGCGAGCCGGGCCGGCCGGGCGAGGCGGGGCCGCGGGUGAGAGCCUCAUGAUCCGCGCCCUGGUCACUCCUGCUGCUAACCGACUAAACCGCUAACCGUAGUGUACGAGGGCGAGGGACACCACGCUGUAUGCACCUAACACUCAGUGGGAGCGGGCAGCGCCUGUAAAUUGUAUAUAUUUUGUAUGUAAUUCGCAUAGCCUAAGUGAGACGUUACCGCGCCUAGAAUAAGUGUUGCAGAUCUGUAUAAAUAUGAUAUUUUUUAUUAAACUGGUUACAAACGUUGCGUGUGGACAUCUAGAGCGGGCGCCGCAGCGGGGUGGACCGCUCGGUGCGGCGUCCUCGCCUGUUCGUUUGCGACGCGUGUGUAAGUAAGUGUAAGUAUUCAACAGUCCGAUUGUAAAUAUUAAUGUCAUGGUUUAUAUUAUGUAUUAUGAUAAUAUGAUUGUAUAAAUCGUGUUUAUCGUCCGGUUCCUCACUCGCAUGUAAGCUAGUCGUAACGAUAUUUAAGUGUAGACAUUAACAGUGAAAAAAUCAACGAUCAGAGUGUUUAUUUUUAAAUGUAAUCUUUAUAUAAAUACAAUAAGAAAAGAGCGAUACUUACUGUACGGGCAGAGCGGCCGCGACCUCCACGCUCGCAAGUAGCAAGUGCCGUCGGUUUACCGAAUAACGAUAUAUUUUUAAAACCGACUUGAAAGGAAGAAUGUUUUUCUAUUCGUCGUAUGGUUACCCCAUAGUCCUGAUUUAAAUUAUUCCUUUUGAAUUCAAUCUCGUAUAGCUUGGGAAUGGUCCCAUUUUAAUUUCACUGAUAUACGACCAUGAACUAAAAAGAUGGAGAGGAGAACUCCUCAAAAUCAAAUAGAAUUUUAACGAUUCUUUUUGGGUUGAAAUGAAUAUAGCUUCAAUAGCAAAGAUGUCGUAUUUUAACCAUAAAUUUCUAAGUUUCGGUUUAUUUCUAUCUUGGACGCAACCUGGCGUAUAAGUCCUACUAUGAACAUUUCUCAGAUAAAAAGUAGCCAACUUAUAUUAACUUUAUCGAGGACAUGAUCUAUCUUAGUGUCAAACUUCACACACAUCGGUUUAAGAAUUUCUGCAUUUAUUUCUAAUACAUCUAAUACACAUUUUCAGAAAUUUUUGCUUUUCUAAUAUUGCUAUCAACUGUUACGGCAGCUGUCAACAAAGGAAAUCCAGUCUGUGCUUUUUACACCGAUAAGUCGAAAGCGUUUGACUAUGCAGACCAUAAAAUUCUGUUACGGAAACUGUAUGGGUACGGUAGACGAGGUAACUAUCACAAACUGAUUGAAUCAUACCUAAAUAAUAAAUGCCAGUUUUCAUUUAGUAACGCACUGUCAAAAUGACCCUGUACAUCUAACCCAAGAAUCAUUAAAUAUGGUGUACCUCAGGGCAGCAUAUUGGGUCCACUCCUGUUCCUAAUAUACUCGUACAUUAAUGACCUUCCUACAAAUACAAAACAUAAAACAGUUCUCUUUGCUGAUGACUGCACAGCUAUAGUCAAUGACGUUUUACAAAUAGACGCGUCAUAGACUAACAAAAUUGCACAUAAAAAUAGAGCAGUAUUUACUAGUCGCAUACCUGUACAGCCCUAGCAGCUCGUAUCGAUACGGCCUUUGAUACAGCCCGAGCGUCGACCGCCGUCACCAUGACAGUCGAAUAAAAUGCAUUUAUUAGUAAAAUAAGUUAAAUAGUGUAUACUUAUUACUAACGUAUGAAAUUAAAUGUUGUAUUCAUUUACUGUUGGAGUAUAAUUUGUACAUCGUCUAAGAACACAGGAAGGCAUUUUAUUUAUAAAAAUACAAAAAGUUAGUAAGUCGACUAGCCACGACAGCGGUUGGAGGUUGACUAAGUGAAUGUCGGGCAAUUACCUUGCUUUCGUUGCCAUUAUUGAGCUCGGACAACGUAUCUAUGUAAUAAAAACAUCUUAGGCUGUAGUGGAGUGCACUGUGUGUUAUCAGAAUGACAUUCAUACUAAUCUCACUGAAAUUAUAAUCUGGUUAAACAAUAAUAACCUAGUCAUAAAUUAAUAUAAAACCAAAGUUAUGCACUUCUAGCAGCGGCGUAUAAAUUCGAAUAUUCGCAUUGGAUACGAAAAUUGUAAAAUAGAAGUAAAGAGUGCAAAGUUCCUAGGUAUUACUCUGGACAAUAAACUUACUUGGAAGGUCCACAUCGAAGAAGUCUCUAAACGACUAUGUAAAGCUUCAUACUUACUCUCACAGCUGGACUUU